UAUGGGAUUCAUCCACUAGUUGCGUUUUGUGAUUGAUUGGUAACGAAAUACGGUUCUCUUUUGAAACCCGAAUGUGACACAUAAAAUAACUUCGGCCAUUAUUAUUUAUUAUUCUUAUCGUAUUAUCGAACAACAAAAGAACUAGGAAAUUUAAUAAUUUCAGCUGUCUAACUAAAAUUGCGUAUUACAGCUGACCUUGACAAUAAUCAAAGUAAUUAUAACCGGACUUUGGCGCCGCAGUAAAUCUUUAAAUCCAAGUGUACAAGAUGUGCAAGGCUUUGUGGGAGUGUAUCAAAUGUCCAGCAAAGGUUGUGUGUUGCUGUUUUUCAUGCGCGUUGAAUGUGCUUUUUGGCAUACUUUGUUCCGUUGUUGGAUUAGUUAUCAUUAUUGGACUGAUUGUAUACUUCAUGGUGUUUUACAACAACGAUAGUCCCAGUAGCAGUGAACAAAAAUUGAUGCAGGAAGUCAUCACCGCAGCGCCGUUAACGUUUCGCGGUUAUUUCAAGCAACAACAAUGACAAAUUUGAAUUUUAGUAAAUGCUUUUUGUUAAAAUAACUAUUUUAUAUUUCUAAU